AUGUCUUUCUGGGCCCCGCCUCCUGAACCAAAGACCAAGCUCGGUCACUACCGCCUCUUGUCCCCCAACGCGGCCGUCCAUGUUUCGCCUCUCCAGCUCGGUGCAAUGAGCAUCGGCGACAAAUGGCAAACGCUUGGAAUGGGCAGCAUGGACAAAGAGUCCAGCUUCAAGCUCCUCGACGCGUACUUCGACAAUGGCGGUAACUUCAUUGAUACUGCCAACAACUAUCAGGACGAGACCUCCGAACAGUUCAUUGGCGAAUGGGCGGAGAUGCGAGGAAUUCGUGACCAACUCUUCAUUGCGACCAAGUACACCACCAACUACAAAGUCCGCAACCCCUCCGUUCAGCAAACGAUCAAUUAUGUUGGCAAUGGUAACAAGUCUUUACACCUCUCCGUCGAAGCCUCCCUUAAGAAGCUUCGAACAACCUACAUCGACCUUCUCUACUUGCAUUGGUGGGAUCACGACGCCAGCAUCGAAGAAGUCAUGAGGUCUCUCCAUUCUUUGGUCUUGCAGCGCAAGGUCUUGUAUCUUGGUAUUUCAGAUACGCCGGCAUGGAUCGUUGCGAAAGCGAACCAGUAUGCCCGCGACCAUGGCCUGACUCCCUUCGUUGUCUAUCAAGGCGCGUGGAACGUCAUGGAGCGAUCGUUCGAGCGCGACAUCAUCCCCAUGGCCAGGUCUGAAGGAAUGGCUUUGGCCCCUUGGAAUGUCCUCGCGGCCGGAAAGAUCAGGACCGACGCGGAGGAAGAAAAGCGCCGCCAAACCGGCGAGAAGGGAAGAACGCUUCUCGACCCCAACUGGGAGAGGAACGACAAGAGAGAAGAAGAGGUCGGAGCGAAGCACAUCACAUCUGUCGCUAUCGCCUACCUCAUGCAGAAAACGACAUAUGUCUUUCCUAUCCUCGGUGGACGCAAGAUCGAACAUCUCCUUGCUAACGUUGAGGCCCUCGAUAUUGAUCUAACCGAUGAACAGAUCAGAUACCUUGAGAGCGUCGUUGAGUUCGACCCUGGCUUCCCUAACGUCAUGAUCGGCGAUGGCUCGGAAGGUAGCCGCUAUGUCAGGCUGGCUUCCAACUACUAUAGGAAGCCGGUUGUGAAGCCUCUUCGCCCUUCUGACUAG